AUGCAGUGCUUAGGGGAUGUCAGCCAGGCCACCUGGCAAGAUUGCAUCAAAUUUUUCCUACAAACUGAGAUGUGCAGUGACGCAGCAGUUAUCACUGAUUGUCCACCCUGGUUACUAGCUGCUUCUCCUGAAGGCAACUUUACUCAGAUGACCCAAGAAGAAGUUCAGACCUUACUGGCAAGAGAGGAGAGAGAAAAGUUGCUUCACCAAGGAGUCACCCUUGCUGGAACAAAAUGCUUGUUGAUCCGUGACAACUUGUUCACUGAGGGAAACUACAGUAUGGACCUGCGUACCAAAGGCCAAAGUAGAGGUAGCCAGGCAGUGACUGUACUUAAGAUGGGAUCUGUGUACCUUGUGGUGAAGGGAAAGAGGGGGACAGAAGGAGGACCUCUCAACCUCAAAGCUUUUGAAAUGGCAGGCUACAUUAGAGAGGCCAUUCUUCAGCAAAAGGCCCAUUGUUAA